AGUGAAGUUUCAGGCCACGGACUUCCCGCUUCUUCCGCUCGUCUCUUCCCCGAGUCAUCAUCCGACGGUUAAAAACAAAAUUAAAACUCCGAUUUCGUUCUUCGUAAUCGUAACCCCCAAAUCUGAUUCAUUUACUCUAAAUUUGCAGUUUCUCUCCAGUCCAGACACACCAAGACCAAGGCUUUGUAUUCAGAUCUUCUACAGGUUAUAGAACCAUGCAAAUGUUAAGAGUCGUGUUAAUAAGUUAGAUUUCACAUAUCAGACUCAUUUAGUAUCAUGGAAAACAUAAGUGCUUCUGGGAAAACUACAAUGAAUUAUCCAAAUUCUGAAAAGCAGGACGAAUUUUCACCUGCUUUUGUGAAGGAAUCAGGCGAGGAACCAUCAAAGGAAAUCAAAUCUGUUACCAUCGGCAGCAAUGGUUCCCAGUUAGACAAUGACGAUGGACGAGAUGGCUUAGGUGACAAGAUAAAUAAGAGUAAUGUCUCGGAGUCUAAAGCUCAUGAAGAGAAUUUAGUGGACAGCAUGGAGCAUGAUAAUGUGAGCAAGAUUCAAGAGAGAAGUGACUUCAACCCCAAUGUCCAGGAAGAAAGCUCAGGUGUUCAUAUUGAACAAGUUGACUCCGGUCACCAGGUAGAUAAAGGUAAGGAUUUUGAGUCCAAAACUGAAGAAGAAGCAAAUGAAAGUACAACUGAGAUCCUUAGUGAGGAGAAGGAACCAGAGCCUAUUUUUGAUGGAACAGAGGUUCCUGGAAUGGAAGCUAACAGGAGUUCUUCUACACGUUCUUUGGAUCUUGGUCCUGAAGUUGAGGGAUCUGCUUGGCCUGAGAAGGCAGUGGCUCUAACAAACUUUGUCAAGGAAAAGGGUGUUGUUGCAGUUGCCACUGUUCUACGCAGACUUUCUAUAAAACGGGAUGAGCUUGGACAGGACAUUCCUACUGAUGAGGACAAGGCUGCUUCAGAUUCGCCUGAAGAUAACAAAACUGCAGAAAUGUCUCAAAAAGCGGCUGAGAGAUCUGCAUGGAAUCCCCUAAACUACAUUAAGAUCUCACGUGAUAAUACAGAGAAAAAGGCUGAACCGGAAGCUGAAGCCAUGGAGAUGCUGUUACAACCUAUAGUCAUUAAAGGAAGAAUUAUACUAUAUACGAGGUUAGGCUGUAAGGAUUGCAAGGAGGCUAGGUUAUUCUUGCACAGAAAGAGGCUUAGAUAUGUAGAGAUCAAUAUUGAUGUUUUCCCCAGUAGAAAGGUUGAGUUGGAGAAAUUAUCUGGCUCAUCUGCUGUUCCAAAGGUUUUUUUCAAUGAAGUUCUGAUUGGAGGACUUGAUGAAAUGAAGAGUCUGGAUGAGUCUGACAAGCUCAAUGAAAAAAUCGAUUAUCUUAUUAAUGAAGCACCUGCAGUUGAAGCUCCUUUGCCUCCUCUUUCUGGUGAAGAUGAUGUGUCCAGUAAUGGGGCACUUGAUGAAUUUGCUGUUAUUGUUCAGAAAAUGAAACAAUUUAUCAUUAUUAAAGAUCGAUUCUAUAAGAUGCGAAGGUUCACCAGCUGUUUUGUGGGCUCAGAAGCUGUAGAUUUCUUAUCAGAGGAUCAAUACUUGGAAAGGGAUGAGGCUAUCGAAUUUGGUAGAAAGCUUGCAAGCAAACUCUUCUUUCGGCAUGUUCUUGAGGAAAAUUUAUUUGAGGAUGGCAACCACUUGUAUCGAUUCUUGGAUGAUGAUCCUGUUGUGGCAUCUCAAUGUCACAACGUUCCGACAGGCAUAAUUGAUGUGAAGCCUAAACCCAUAAUAGAAAUUGCAUCAAGGUUGAGGUUUUUGUCUUAUGCCAUCUUUGAAGCCUACAUGUCAGAAGAUGGUAGGCAUGUUGAUUACAGAAGCAUUCAUGGAAGUGAAGAAUUUGCAAGGUAUUUGAGGACAAUUCAAGAGCUCCAUAGAGUAGAAUUGCAAGAUAUGCGUAGGGAAGAGAAGCUGGCUUUCUUUAUAAAUCUCUAUAACAUGAUGGCCAUCCAUGCAAUAUUGGAAUGGGGUUAUCCAGUUGGAGCACUCGAGCGAAGGAAGAUGUUUGGAGAUUUCAAGUACGUUAUUGGUGGCUGUACAUACUCACUUUCAGCCAUUCAAAAUGGGGUUUUAAGAGGCAAUCAACGCCCACCAUACAAUCUCAUGAAGCCAUUUGGCGAGAAAGACAAACGUUUCAAGGUGGCUCUUCCUUACCCAGAGCCUCUUAUUCACUUUGCAUUGGUUUUUGGUAGCCGCUCUGGACCUGCUCUUCAAUGCUAUUCUCCUGCCAAUAUUGACAAAGAAUUGAUGGAAGCAGCACGUAAUUACUUAAGAGGUGGAGGACUUAUCAUUGAUUUGCAGGCGAAUGCUGCAUUAGCCAGUAAGAUCCUCAAAUGGUAUAGUGUUGAUUUUGGAAAGAACGAAGUAGAGGUAUUGAAACAUGCAUCAAACUAUUUGGAACCAGCCAAUUCGGAAGCCUUAUUGGAAUUGCUUGCAGACGCUCGUUUGAAGCUGAUGUAUCAGCCUUAUGAUUGGAGUUUGAACCUCUAGAGUAAACUUUAGUUCCUUAUAUACCACAGAGCAGUACAUGCAAUUCCCUUUAACAGAUAUUUGCAGGAGGGAAGCAUUGGUUAUUGCAAUGCAAGAACUAUUGAGAAUAUACAGCUGUGAAAGUCCUUUAUCGGAUUUGGAUGCUGGGUUGUUAAAUUAUGAAGUGGUGUUCUGCUUGUUAA